AAAGCGUGAAGAAGAGUGAACUUAAUUUUUCGAAAAGUGAGCGAAAGUGAGAGGUUUUGGUUCCCAAAAACCUAAUUUUCGUAUUUCGUUGAUCGCUGUUAUCUCAUCAACAUGAGCAGGUCAGGGCAACCACCGGAUUUGAAGAAGUACAUGGACAAGAAGCUUCAGAUUAAGCUGAAUGCAAAUCGCAUGAUUGUUGGUACUCUCCGUGGCUUUGACCAGUUUAUGAAUUUGGUUGUUGACAACACUGUGGAAGUGAAUGGCAAUGAGAAAAAUGACAUUGGGAUGGUGGUAAUCAGAGGAAACAGUGUGGUCACUGUUGAAGCGCUUGAACCUGUGAACAGGACUUGAUUUAUAUUUCCUGUAAACAUGUAUAAGUAUAUUUUCUGGUUUUAACGGUUAUGUAUUUGAACAUUGUAGCUAUUGAGAGUAACAUGUAAUUGUGGCACUUAAGAGGUUCAUGUCAUGCUGGCACUAAUUUGGGGUUCUAAAUUGUCAGGGAUCCACCUCUAGUGUUUUAGUUUGAUGUCUGUGACUUGACUCAUUUUGAAAUGGUUACAUAUAUCCCUUUUAGGUGGUUUCUUCUCA